GAGGUAUUAUAGCGAGCAACAUGGCAUCAGCAGCCAGGCUAUCACCGACAGCGAAUUUGCUGCGGAAGUCUCGUCUGUUUGCACUUCCGCAGGCUCUUACUCCCGUGGAGGCUCCUACCUCGAGGCCCUACGCUGAAUCCGACACCGCAACCCGGCCUCAUCCUAUCCGAGCAUCUAUCGUCACACCGGCAUCGUCAUUAGCGAGAGGAGAUUGGGGUCUCAAGAGACCGCUACCCGCCAAGUCGACAUCACAGAAGUCUUCAAGGCCAGUUGUCAGGAUCAAUGAACUAGACACCUUCGAACAUGUCACCGACUUCGAGUCCGCGUCCGAUCACACCGUGACUCUGGAGAAAUUCCAAGAAUUACAUAUGCCAAUCUCCCUCCCUGCGAAGGUACACUUUUCGUCGAACAUGGUCACAAGACAUCACAGUGUUUUUGAUCAGGAUGUCGACAACACGGAGGCGAGCGAAAACAUUGAUCAACCCGACAUUAAACAAAUCAGACACACUGGACCCUGGCUUUCAGGGCUUACGGAUGCGGAGUUCGCUGCUUACUUAAAGAAGGUACAGAAACAGAAACCUCAACUUGUGUUCAAACUUCGAGAGCGUUUCCUGGAAAAGCGAAUGGCCGAGAUCAGGAAUCAGGCUCAAGACAAAGGCGAAGAUUUGGAGAAUCUGCCCGCUCCUACAGAGGAGGACUUCCAGACAUACUUGAAGACGCUGCGCGCCGACCCGUUCGCUCUAGGUCCUGUGGUGUAUGAACUGUUGGAUCUUCCUGCUACUGCUCCGGUGCCGAAUGAGCGGAUGCCCAAGAAGUACUACCAGUCGCCCCCAAGUAAAAUGGCUUCUCCGGAAUACGUGACCAGCGGACCCCCAAUAACGCACCCUUCAGCUGGUUUGUCUUAUGCAAGGUCGCAUGCUUCGAUCUACAACCACCCGCAGUAUGGUCCUCAGGCCCAUCCACGCCCAGUUGAGGCACGUAUUUUGCGGCCCAGGGGCAGAGUCAGGGGUAAGAGCGGCAAACCGAUUCUCGGUGUUGGUGGUAUUGCGGUCGAGGACACGAGCACUAUUGCCUUCUCGGAGCAAGGAGGACCCGCGGGUCUAUCGGCCUUUGACCCAUCCAUCCCCGGUGGUGCCAGAUAUCAUGUCACCCCUAUCCGGGCUUUUGUCGGCUCAACCGGGCGGAUCAGCCUCAUAACUAACCGCGCUACCACAAAUGCUAAGGCCCCAUACGGCAUCAAAGACCACAAGGCGGCCAAGUCUUCUCCCCAACGUUACACUUCCUUCGAUUUGCGCGCCAGCGACAGAAGAGUCCCCAGGCUAGACCGAGCUCGCACUUUCUCAAAACCCGCUACCGGCUUCGAGCAGCCGGAGAAGUCGACCGAGGACGUUGCGAAGAACCUCCUGAGGACGAUCAAGUCCCAAUAAACGAAUUUGUUGUCGCAAUUCUUGUACUUUAAAUCCGAACCCUGUUUUCCGUUUCUCAAUUACUGUACGAAUAGUUUGGGCUUCUGCUGUAGGACUCUACAUCAAGCUCAUCAUGGGCAGCACCGAAUAC